UUGACCUCACUAAACACCUAGAAGGUCACUCACCUACUGCCGGAUCCUCAUAAGGCCCUCAGACUGAAGGUCAUUUUCUACAGUCCAAAAUACACCGCAAAGAUGCCCAGGGAAGCCGAGCCGUCAGCAAAUGAGAAGGCUUUUGUCACACAAGCUCUCAAGGAGAACUUGAGGCUUGACGGCCGGGAAUUUGACCAAUACCGGGAAGCCCAGCUCAUUUUCGGUGAUGAGUUCGGAGUCGCCAAUGUCGAACUCGGCAAGACGAGAAUCCUCGUCAAGGUCUCGGCAGAAGUCACGGUCCCCUACGCCGACCGCCCCUUUGAGGGCAUCUUCCAAAUCACCUCAGAGCUGAGCCCUAUGGCCUCGCCCGCCUUCGAGAUCAACCGCCCGACCGAGGCCGAGGUCCUUCUCUCGCGCCUCCUUGAGAAGACGAUCCGCCGCUCUGGCGCCCUCGACACAGAGUCCCUGUGCCUCGUCGCCGGCCAGAAAGUCUGGUCCGUCCGCGCCGACGUCCACGUCCUCUCCCACGACGGCAACCUCACCGACGCCGCCUGCCUGGCUGUCGUCGCCGCCUUGCGCCACUUCCGCAAGCCCGACACCUCCAAUGAGGGCGAGUCCCUCACCAUCUUCACGCCUGCCGAGCGCGAGCCCGUGCCCCUGAGCUGGCUGCACAGCCCCUUCUGCGUGACCUUCAGCUUCUUCGGCGACGAGGGAGAGAUUACGCUCGUCGACGCCAACUGGAUCGAGGAACAGCUGCGCACGAGCAGCGCGACGGUUAGCCUGAACAAGCACGGCGAGAUCAGCCAGAUCUCGAAACUGGGAGGCACCCCCGUCGAGGCGGUGACGCUGUUGCACUGCGGGAACGUGGCGUUGCAGAAGGCCAAGGACUUUUCGACGCUGGUGGACGAGAAGCUGGCGGAAGACGCGAAGCGGAGGGACAAGGGCGGUCUCAUAUCUGAGCUCUUGUCCGCAGAGAACGACAGGGUGGUGGAUGCAUAGACGGGCGAAAGUUGAAGAACAAAAAAACAGCCAAAGAGUCGAGAAAAAAAUUGUAAAAUGAUACC